GCUCUCCUCUCUCUCUCUUGGUUUCGGAUCUCUGGGGGGGAUGAGUAAGGGACCGGGACUAUUCGCCGACAUCGGCAAAAAAGCCAGAGAUCUGUUGACGAGAGAUUACAACACCGAUCAGAAGUUCAGUAUCUCCACUAACACUCUCUCCGGCCUUGCUCUUACUUCAACUGUUCUUAAGAAAGGAGUUGUCCAUGCUGCUGAUGUUUCUACUCAAUACAAAUACAGAAACGCUCUCUUUGACAUCAAGAUCGACACUGAUUCCAUUCUGAUGACAACUAUCACAAUCACUGAGAUCCUUCCAUCUACAAAAGCAAUUGCCUCCUUCAAAGUCCCUGAUUACAACUCUAGCAAGCUUGAGGUUCAAUACUUCCAUGAUCACGCGACGGUUACAGCAACUGCAGCUUUGAAACAAAACCCUCUGGUUGAUGUGACAGCUACUCUCGGUUCACCAACUAUCUCAUUCGGUGCUGAAGCUGGAUACGACACCACUUCUCGGUCUUUCACAAAGUACAACUUCGGAAUCAGUGUCACUAAGCCUGAUAAAUGUGCCUCUGUUAUACUUGGAGAUAAAGCAGAUUCGAUCAAAGCCUCUUUUCUUCAACACCUAGAUGAGUCAAAGAGCAGCGCUGCAGUGGGAGAGGUUUACAGGAAAUUCUCGACGAAUGAGAACGUCAUUACUGUCGGUGGAUUGUAUGCAGUUGAUCACUUGACGAGUGUGAAAGCUAAGCUGAACAGUAAUGGUAAACUUGGAGCUCUUGUGCAGCAUGAGGUACUGCCGAAAUCGAUUGUGACAAUCUCAGGAGAGAUCGAUACCAAGACGUUGGAGAAGUACCCAAGGUUUGGUCUCUCGCUUGCUCUUAAACCUUGAAGAGCAGCUCAGUAGCUAAUACAAGUACUGGUUACCUUUCUUUCUCUCUCGUAUGCCAUUGUUGUGGGGCUUGAGUUUCGGUUUUGCAUUUUCUUCCAGUAAAAUAAUAUGAGUUGGGGAAGGUAAAUCUUCUCUUGGAAAAUUAUCGGAUUUGUUGUUUUUAGGCUAUUCUUGAACCAUGCUCAAUGAAACAGUUAUGUCAAUUUCUUUACAAGUUGAAUUCUCCUAUGUUCGUUUUGGGCACGAGACCCUCUUGCCUUGGAUAUGUGGACAUGCGAAAAAAAUGUGUCCAUGCGACAACGAGCUACAGCUGAUGAUCCUUUGUAAACCUCACGUAGUUUAUUGUUGUUCGAGUUCAUUUUCAUGAACAAAUUAAACAAUUUUAUCAGUUUUAGAGAAACGUAUAA